AUGUGGAGUAUCUUACUGGCGCUCUGUGUGGUUUUCCAGCCCAAUUUAGCCGAGGAAGUGAUGUUGCUGGACACAUCAGAGUCGACCUCGGAGCUGGGCUGGAUCACAUAUCCGGACACAGGGUGGGACGAGGUUUCUGUUUUGGACGAUAAAGGGACUCUUAUCAGGACAUUUGAGGUGUGUAAUGUGAACCAGAACGCUCGCCAGCAGGACAACUGGCUGGCCACCCCGUUCCUGUUUCGACGAUCCGCCCCGAGGGUCUUCGUCACCUUGAAGUUCUCUGUGCGGGACUGUGCCAGUCUGCGGUCGCCCUCGCCGUCCUGCCGCGAGACCCUCACGCUGUACUACAAACAAGCCGACUCUCAGAGGGAGCUGGAGAGAACCUGGGCUGCGGAGCCGUCCAAUGGGGACAAGGAGACGAGAGAAGGUUGGGUGAAGAUUGACACCAUCGCGGCCGACAAAAGCUUCUCUAAAGUGGAGCCUAGUUCUCCACACCAAUAUCAGCCCAACCGAUACAGUCGCAUCAACGUGAAGACCCGCAGCUUUGCCCCGCUCACACGCAAUGGAUUUGUGCUGGCAAUUGUGGACAGUGGAGCUUGUGUCUCUCUUAUGGGUGUUUCCAUUUUUUAUCGUCGAUGUCCUGCCACCAGCCAGCACUUGGCUUCGUACCCCGCCACUCCCUCCGGAGCUGAGCCCACAGCUCUGGUGCCUGUGACAGGCACCUGUGUCCCCCACAGUAAAGCCCAGGGCGGACCCCCACGCAUGCACUGCAACGCUGAGGGCGAGUGGAUGGUGCCAGUGGGAGGUUGUGUCUGCGAUGAAGGAUAUGAGCCCAACCACAAUGGAUCUGCCUGCCUCGCCUGUCCUAGUGGGUACUUCAAGUCCGUGUCUGGCCCCACCCCAUGUUCGCUGUGCCCCCCCAACAGCAGGACGAGUCUGGACGGAGCCUCUGUGUGCGAGUGCCGCAGCAGCUUCUACCGCGCCGCCACCGACGCCAACUACUCCGCCUGCACCACCCCUCCGUCUGCUCCUGUGGCUCUGACCUGGGAGUAUGAGAGCGGCGAUGGAGGCGUGUCCUUGAGGUGGCGCCCCCCGAUGGACAUGGGGGGUCGCAGCGAGGUGUGGUAUGGCGUGGUGUGUCGCAUCUGCCCCUCGGCCAUCGUUUCCAGCCCCACCCAGUGCUCGUGGUGCGGCGAGGGCGUCACGUUCAGCCCGUCUCAGACAAACCUCAAACAGACGAAAGUGACUCUCAACAACCUGCUGACCCGAGUCACCUACCUCAUACAGGUGCAGGCCAUGAACGAGGUGUCCGCUCUCAGUCCUUUUCCUGCGCGCUACACAAGCAUCAAUUUCACCACCAGUCAGUCCGGUGAGUACAGAGCAGAGACAGAGAGCAGAACAAUGAGCACUGGCAGUAAGAUCCCGGUGCGGUGGACGGCUCCAGAGGCAUUUCAGCACCGGAAGUUCAGCUCGGCCAGUGACGUGUGGAGCUUUGGUGUGCUGAUGUGGGAGGUGAUGUCUUAUGGAGAGCGGCCAUACUGGGACAUGAGCAACCAGGAGGUGAUGAAGGCGGUGGCUGAUCAGUUCCGCCUCCCGGCUCCUCAUAACUGCCCCGCAGCAAUGCACUCUUUGAUGCUGCAGUGCUGGCAGACUGACCGCGGAGACCGGCCCGGCUUCGAUGUUCUGCUGUCCUCAUUGGACCGCCUCAUAAGACAUCCCGCCUCCCUCAAAGCUGAGCCCACACGAAGCUGUUCCCAGCCGCUCCUCAGCCCCACCCCCACAGACCUGUCCUGUGUGGCCACCGUCAGUGACUGGCUGAAGGCCUUGAGGUUGGAGCGCUACCAGGAUGCUUUUGACCGCGCCCACCUGGACUCGUUGGACAGAGUCAGCCGCCUCAGCAUGGAUGAAGUGCAGGCUCUGGGGGUGAACCUGAUCGGACAUCAGAGGAAGAUUGUGAGCGCUGCGCAGCAGCUCCGGACCUUCCUGGCGCAGGGGCAGGUGGAGGUGUGA